AUGGUGAAGACUACUUACGCCCUGACACUCUUUGCGGCCAUGAGCCUGGCCGCGCCGUUGCGACCGGCUGGCAACGAUGUGACUGGUGUCAUGGCUCGCGAUGGUACCGGUAACUUUAUAGGUGCUGGUACCGCCGAUGGUGCAGUGAAUGAGAUGCUCAAGGGACUCGCCACUCCCAAAAGCGAUAAUCCGACUUCCGAUGACAAGAUGGAUAAGAUGGGCAAGAAGGCGGCAGAUGAAAAGAAGAACGAGAAGAAGCCCAUUGUGACACACAGCCCGCUGGAAAGCCUUCCUCUUGUUGGCCCUCUCAUGCGACCAGUUCCUUUGAAGCGAGACAACGAGGUCCGCUCGUUCACCGGUGAUCUGAGCAAUCUACCUCUGCUGGGGUCUAUCUUCGGUGGUAAUCAGAACCACCCUGCCAACUCCCCUCACCAGACCGGUGGAGGCCAGAAGGUUGGAAUGCGUCGUUCUCACCACGAGACUAAGUUCCAGGGCUUCCCCCAAAACCACGGCCAACAUUACGGCCAGAACCACGGACAGAAUGAGGGCCAGAACGCUGGUCAAAACGCUCACCAGAACGAAAACCAAAAUGCUGGUCAGAACUAUGGUCAGAACUAUGGUCAGAACUAUGGUCAGAACUAUGGUCAGAAUUACGGCCAGAAUUACGGCCAGAAUGAGGGCCAGAAUAUGGAGAAGCGUGGCCAGCCCGCUAACAACCCCGAUUCGCUCGGUGCUCUGUGGCUCAUCCGCAAGUUGACUAGCGGUGGUUCCAUAAACAAAAGCCACAAGCGUAGUGAGGAUCUGCCUACCUCUACCGAAGCAACCCACGGCUUCAUUAGUGACGGAGAUGGUGCUGCUUCCGAUGCUGCCACCGAUGUUCUGGGCGUUGCUACAGAUAUAAUCCUCAUUCGCCGCGAGUACAAGGACGGUGAUGACAUUGCCGAUGCCGUCGAUGAUGCCCUAGACAGCGGUAUUGACGCUAACUCGGAUGCCGCCGACAUGGCCACACCCAUGCGCCGCGACUUGGGUGGUCUGUCCGACCUGGGGGCCAGCCUGACCGGAGACAAGAACAACAAAAAGCAGGCCGCUCCCACACCUGAGCAGUCCAAGUCUCAGUCACAAGCUGUCAAGGAUAACAAGAAUGACCCUAUCGCCCAGCUUGCCAGCGAGAGUGGUCUCGGAAAGCUCUUUGCCGGUAACACUCACCAUGGCCUUGGACUCUUUCCGAUGAAUGGUCGCCGUGAUGUCCAUGAGAAUGAAGCCCGUGAUGAGUCCCCCAUUCGGGGGUCUGACCUGGAAUCAGUCCUCUUCAGCGGCAGUGUCCUCAGCAAGCUUGCUCACACUCUGACUCCUUCUGCUCCUGCUGCCGAUGCGGCCCCAGCUGCUGCUCCCGCUGCUGCUGCCCCUGCUGCCCCUGCUAGCGGUGCUGGAGCUCAGUAA